AUGGCUACCCAGAAGGAGAAUUUGGAUGACUUUCUGGCACCAAGAAGAAGUCAGGGUGAACUUUGGUGGUCUCUCAGGACAAGAGAAGGCAUUCCUGAAUACAAGUACGCUAAUAAAAUUACAUCAGAGGGUAUCAAAAAACAAGUUCUUAACUCACCAAGAAUUGAAAAUGAAAUCAAAGAGAUGUGUGUUGCAACUGGACAAGAUGAAGGAGAGCUAUUAAAAGAGACCAAAGCCAUGCUAGAUGAGAUGGGUCAUACAUCCUCUAUGGGCUCUGUACGAUUUCUGGCAUAUGUACUACCAAAAGUAUUUAAAUCAAUAUUCAGAAAUAUUUAUGUUAAUACAGAUGGAAUUGAAAAGAUACGAAAAACAGUAAAGGAUACACCAGUUGUAUUUUUACCAACUCAUCGUAGUUAUAUAGACUUUAUAAUAAUGUCAUAUAUAUGUUUUCACUAUGACUUACCAAUGCCUUGUAUUGCAGCUGGACAAGAUUUCAUGUUUAUGAAGUUUGUAGGUAAAUUAUUACGAAACUGUGGCGCUUUUUACAUGCGGCGUUCAUUUGGCAAGGAUAGACUGUAUUGGGCAGUGUUCACAGAGUACGUUCAGCUUUUGAUACGACAUGGAGAUUAUCCAGUUGAAUUCUUUUUGGAAGGAACGCGAAGCAGAACUGCUAAAAGUUUACCACCAAAACUAGGUAACUUGAGUGGUCUGUUCAAAGCAAGAACCAUACUAAAUGAAGAUUAUGGUCGGUUUUAUGUUCAUUUUAGCGAACCGUUAUCACUCCGGAGAUUCAGUGAAGGUCAUGUAAAUAGAAGCAAGCAUAAUUUAUCACCAAGGUUUAAAUUUUCUCUGACUGAAGAAGAGCAAGAGUUUGUUCAUGGGUUUGCUCAUACACUUAUCUUACAACAACAGAAGUAUCUUGUCGCUCCAGUGUGGAGUCUGAUAUCCACGUUACUUUUAAUGAAUCAUGGUGAAAUGACGUUGGAACUUUUGUAUCAAGAUCUUCAGUGGUUAUAUGAACAAAUAUCGGGAUUUGGUUUUUAUGUUGAUUGGCCCGCACAUCAACCAAUCCAAGCUAUUAUCCACUCAUGUCUAUCCGUUCAUCAUAAUGUUGCCUCGGUAACUAAGGAUGGUAGACUGGUUGUUAACCUUGAUGUUGAUGGCACUAAUCACAGAAAAACUACUAACAUUGAAGAGAUGACACAACAAGAAAUAAUGAAUAUGGCGACAGUAUACAUCGUACUUGGUCACUAUAGAAACCAAAUAACACAUGUUUUUGUAAGGAUGGCUUUAGUAUCGCUUUGUCUCGGAAGUCGAAUAUCAUGCUUUAAAGAUCAGUUAUUUACAGAGUACAGUUAUUUAGUUAAAAUUAUGUCUUCAGAGUUUAUCUUUCAUCCCAAAUUAGCUGAACAGGAUUUUAAUGGAGUUUUAAGGAAGUUUCAAAGUAACGGUAUCAUAAGCAUUACUGGUAAUGAGAUAACGAGACAACCUAACGGGGAGAAACUGUUGACAUUCCUACAGCAAAUGUUCCAUCCGUUCUUGAUAGGUUAUUGGGUAAUGUGUCAGUAUCUAUUAAGCAUAAAUCAAACCAAUGGUGGCGGUCAACAUUUGAAAGAAAUUACAUUAACAAGAGGAUCUCAAAGUAUGGUAGCAGAAAUGAUUAGAACUGGUGAUAUAGCAGUGUUUGAUUCGCUCUCGUUGAAUCUGCUGAGCAAUACAAUGAAUUCAUUGGUCAAUCUGGAAGCAGUCAAGAAAAUCAAAAGAAACAAGGAAAUCUUGCUGUUGCCACUGUCUGGUGAAAUUUUGAAGAUAUCUGAUAGAAUAUCUGAUUUGGUAGAGGUGCCGCUAUUGAGAGCUGUUCAUUCAAGACUUCAUAGUGUGAUACCAUCUGAAAUGAAGGCUAAGCUUUAAAAAGAAUCCAACAUGAAUCUGAAUUGUAAACUAUUUUAAUUCGAGGAUAGAAUUUGUGUUGUAUAUUUGUUGUGUAUAUGAAACCAAGGGUCAAUAAGAUAAGGGUAUGCAACUGGUGUGACUGCGAUGAAGAUCCAAAUGAACAAGUUUUUGACUUUUUGACAACUGCGAUAGUCUCGCUCUUUUCUGUUAAUGCGUCAAUAGCUGUAAUUCUGAACAUUU